AUGAUGGGAGAGAAGGCGGAGAUGUCGCACGAGGAAGUUGUGCAUCUUACGGAGUUGACCGAGGAAGAGAAAGUUCUUGAAAAGAAGCUGCGCCGUCGCAUUGAUUCAUUGAUCAUGCCCCUGGUGGUGCUUGUUUACCUGCUAAAUUAUAUCGAUCGCAACAAUUAUGCCGCGGCCAAACUCCAGGGUCUCACGGAAGAUCUCAAUUUGACCGAUACCGAGUACCAAACCGGUCUUUCGAUUCUCUUCGUCGCAUACAUCCUCAUGCAAGUCCCGAGUAACUUGCUGCUGAACUAUAUGGGCCGCCCAUCACUAUACCUCGGUUUCUUCGUGACAGCUUGGGGACUGGUCUCGGCUGUCACUUCUCAGGCAAAGUCCUACGGUGGCAUCGUGGCUUGUCGAUUUUUCCUCGGUUUCGUCGAGGCCCCUUUCUUCGCCGGCGUUCUCUUUUACCUGUCAAAGUGGUACACUAAGAAAGAAUUGGCCUUCCGGAUGUCUAUUUUCUACUCUGGUUCCCUGAUUAGUGGUGCCUUCGGAAACCUCAUCGCAGCCGGCAUUCUGAACGGCCUGGCGGGACAGCGUGGCAUGGAUGCAUGGCAGUGGCUAUAUAUUAUUGAAGGCAGCAUCACUGUUUUCGUUGGCAUUGUAAUCUGCUUUGUCCUUCCCGAUUUCCCAGAGACAUGGAAGCUCCUAUCGCCAGAGAUGCGAAAAAUUGCCGAGCGACGUCUUGCCAUUGAUGCCGCCGAAGCCGAUGUGGAUGAGAAAGGCAGCAUGAGCCAGAUUCAAGGUCUGAAGCUUGCCAUGACUGACAUGAAGACCUACGUUCUCGCCCUUGGCUACAUGUGUAUCACCGGCGCAGCUGGUUUCCAAAAUUUCUUCCCGACACUCACGGAAACACUGGGAUACCCUAAGACGAUCUCGCUGCUGCUGUGCGCCCCGCCAUAUAUAUUCAUGGUCAUCUACAGUUUAUCACAUUCGUGGAUCUCGGAUAAAUUGGGGAUCCGAUUUUGGUUCUUCGCCUAUCCAGUCAUCCCCACCAUAAUUGGCUUCGUCAUCUUCAUCAAGACGGAAAGCUUCGGCCCUCGCUACUUCUCCUUGUUCUUGAUGGUCUUCGUCUUCGCCCAGAACGGCACCCUCUAUUCCUGGAUCGCCAAUGCGCUCCCACGCCCGCCUGCCAAGCGUGCUGCCGCCUAUGCCUUUAUCAACUCUAUCGGUAAUUCGGCCAGUAUCUGGACUCCUUAUACCUAUCUUGAGAGCGAGAAGCCCAAGUAUUAUACUGCUAUGUAUGUUUGCAUUGGCUUACAGGUUUUGGGUCUCCUCUGUGGUGUCUUCAUGUACUUUAACCUGGGCAUGCUCAACAAGCGACAGGAGCGCUUGGAGAACGAGGAUACCCAGCUUACAGAGAAAGAGCUCCGACGGCUGCACCUCACGGCAGAGACCGAGGGAAUCGAUAUUGCCGCUGCGCGGCGGUUGCAAAAGGGAUUCCGCUAUGUGCAGUAA